AUGCAACGAGCUCUGGAUGCGCACGGCGUGAUCGUCGUCGAGCCGGAGGGAAGCGACCGACGGAUCUUCCUGCGGCAUCUCCACGCGGCCGAGACCGGGACGGCAGACCUCCUUCGGAGCCUUGCCAUCGGGGGAUGCGCUUCCUCCCUUUCCGUCGAUCUCGACGGCGACUCGUUCGCGAGAUUUCGGGAGGAUGCGGACCAGAUGGAGGCGGCGAGGCGGAUCUCGCGGCAGCCGCUGCUCGUCCUCGACGGUUGCAGCGGCCGGGGGAAGACGGAGGUGGUCGCCUCCGUCCUCGAGGAGGUGCUGCCUCCUCCCGAUUCCAAGAUGGUCGAUGAGAGGUCGAUCCGUGGGGUUCUCCUCGCGGCUCCGACGGGGAAAGCUGCGUCCAUCCUGAGGAAGAGGAUGUCGCAUCCCGCGUUCACCCUCCAUUCGAUCUUGGCGUCUCAUCGGGAAGCGAAGGAGGCCGGAUCGAAGGGUUGGAGGUUCGCGUCGACCGAGAUUCUCGUCGUCGACGAGAGCAGCACGGUCCCCGUCACGGUGUUCCACGACGUGUUGCGUGCCUUAAGCAUCGCCGAGGCUCCCCUGCAGCGGGUGAUUCUCCUCGGAGAUGUGAACCUGCUCCCAUCCGUUCGACCGGGCAAUUUCUUCAGGGACCUGUACUUCGCCCUCGAAGGGACCAACUGGGCCUUGACCCUGAGGACAGACCACCGCCCCGAGGGCAGACUCAUCGUCCGCAACGCCGAGAUGAUCGCGCGCAUGCGGCCCGAGUCCAUCCAGAUCGAUCCGUGA